AUGGGCGGCGUAUCAUCUACAUCGGCAAACUCUUUAAAACAUAUCGAAUGGAUAUGGCAAUCGAAUACAAAUGCAUGGUCAGAAUCGGAGCCAGCCGAAUGGAGUCAUUAUUCGGAUGUAGAAAAUCUGAUCAUCGAAGAAGCAUUCUCAAAAAAACAACCACAAGUCAUCUUGGAUGAUUAUUAUAUCGAUUUCAAAGACAAUCUUCAAAUAUCCAACAUUGGUGAUCCCAAGCAGCGACCUAUAAAACGAGUAGUGCGUGAAAGGGAAGACAAAGAUUUAAGAAAAGAACGUUUUAUGGAUGUUCCUAUUGCUUCAACACAUUCAUUUGGUGGUCAAUAUGGUUGGAUAUCGCCAUUUGUAAUCGAAGUCAGAAGAGACUUAGAUCUUCAAUCAGAUGAAUUACCUUCCAAAAAGAAAAACAUAAUCCCGAUGCUUGUCGAGAAAGCUGCUUGUGGUAUUAUUGAAGAAGGCAAGCAUAUCGGAAAACAACAAGAAGCCGAUCGCAAUCGUCAAAAAGCAACAGAAUUAGGUAAUACUUUACUCAUCAUGGACGUAUUGUAUGGUUUUACUGCCGAUCUUCGUGGAUUAUCUGAAUAUCCUGAUGAAGAAGAAGAACUUAUUACACCAGGUGUUUGUUUCUGUGUUAGACGUGUUGAAUUUGAUUGCACAACAAACAAACAUUUUAUCCACAUGGAACUAAGACAAAUAUGGUCUGGUAAGAGAGAAAAAGUCUUUUCUAAUGGUUUUUAUAACAUAAGAAGUAUUUGA